AAAGUUGGUCUUUUAAUCAAUGGUUUAAAUAACGCAGGAAAUCAAAUUAAUCACCUGAAAGCAAUUAAAAUUAAUCCAAAAGAAUUGGAUGAUCUUCCAUACGGAGAAAUAAAACUUUGUGCAGGAAAAUCUAUAGUGAAAAAAUUAUAUCGAGGAAAUAAUGUUGCAUGCAAACCUACAAAUGUUGUAGACAAUGGGACGUCUUUUUCACGACCUGUACAACAGAUUACCGCAGCAUUACCUGG